AUGGAUGGUGUCGAGAAGCCGCCGCUGCUGUUUCGGCACAACAGCGACAGCCACGACGAGUUGGCAAAUGCCUGCCGCGAUGGCUCCUGGCCCGCAUGCAUACUCCAGAGUAUCCUUAUUCUAUAUCCUAUGGUCUUGUUGAUCAUCUUCAUCGGAUCAGCCGCGACCUACACAGUUCUCACGGCAAAAAAAGACGAGGAGGAGUCCAAGGUGGAGACGGACAUCUUGGGUCCUGGCGGUAAGAGGCUGCCUGUGACCAAGAAGAAGAAGCGACGCGACGACGACGAAAACCAACGCGUACGAAUCGGUCCCGACAUGUCCCCGACUUCAAAAGCCUGGCUCAAAUGGAUCACUCUUGCCGUAUUCUUCUCCUUCAUCGCCAAUGGCAUAGCACACAUUAGCCAUGUUGUUGAGGAAUUGGAAAAGGCCGGACUGCCCAAGCAUGGAGUGAAGAGGUGGGAGGAAUCGCAGAGCAUGGCCGUCUACCUCAUAGGCUCGCCGAACCUGUACCUCUACGUAUUCAUCACCCUUCUCGAAUGGCGCACGAGCCCGACGAUAUCACACUUCAUUACCUGGACACUUGGUUUAAUCGGCGAAUUCACGAUCUGCGUCUGCACAUUUCUUUGGAUCAUGGAGCCUCAGUACCUGAAGACGUCCCAUGGUGUCGAAGAGAUUCCGGCCUCCAAGUGGGACUUGGUUGACCUCAUCAUUUAUGUCGUUCGCCUGGUUCUCAUGAUGAUCCUUGUUGGCAUCUACACCACUGCUUGGAUCAAGAAGCCCCGACAGCAGGCCGACGACAAGGUUGAGGAGUUGAGCUCUUCUGCGCGGGCUGACGAGACCACGCCUCUCAUGAACGGUUCCAGAACAUCGUACAGCAGUCAAACCGGCCGGGAUGCUAACGGUCGAUCGCUGCGCAGCUCUCGGAACGGAAGCCUUGUUGGCAACAGUAACGGUGCUGCAGAGGCCGCCGCUGUCAAGGACGUUCGAGAGCCCGGCUUUUAUCGACCCGACAAGGCCCCCCACAAGACUUGGUGGGAAUACGUACGCAGCUACAAGAUUUUCAUUCAGUACCAGUGGCCUCGAGACAACCCUCGCCUGAAGCUGUACUACUGUCUUUGCUGCGUUAAUCUCGCCGCGCAGAGAGCUAUCAAUGUCUUCGUUCCAUUGAUUGUGGGUUUGCUCACAACGAAGCUGAGCAAAGGCGAAUCACCGUGGGGUGUUUUGGCUCUUUUCGUCGUCCUGCGGCUCAUGCAAGGCCAGGGAAUGCUUCUGGAUGCGUUCCGCGCCAUAAUGUGGGUGCCGAUCUCGCAGAACUCCUACAGGGCCUUGACGACGGCGGCCUUUGAGCACGUACACUCCCUUAGCCUGGAUUUCCACCUGGGAAAACGAACUGGCGAGGUUCUGUCUGCUCUCAACAAAGGCGCUUCAAUCAACACCUUCCUCGAGCAGGCGACAUUCUCCGUCCUCCCCAUGACUAUCGACUUGAUAUUCGCAAUCUCCGUUUUCGCCUAUGUUUUCGACCCGACAUACGCCGCAAUCGUCAGCUGCUUGACAUUCUGGUACCUGUUUCUCACAAUAAGAAUGGCGCAGACUCGGGCCGAUCAGAGGAGAAUUAUGUCAAACGCCGACAGAGAGGAAGAAGCUGUGAAGAACGACUCAAUUAUGAGCUACGAGACGGUCAAAUACUUCAACGCUGAACAGAAAGAAUUCGGUCGCUACAGAGACGCUAUUGCCGCCUACCAAGACGCCGAAAAGAAGGUUGCGUGGGGUGUCAACCGGAUGAACGUCAUCCAGGCCUGCAUCUUUAUUCUCGGAUUCAGUGUCGUAUUGGUCUUUGGAGCAUACCAGGUUACCAGUGGUACCACAGAUGUGGGCAGAUUCGUCACUCUCCUGACGUAUCUAAACCAGCUGCAGUCGCCACUCAAUAUCUUUGCGUCUUUCUACCGCACCAUCCAACAGUCCCUCAUCGCAGGCGAGCGCCUGCUGGAACUGUUCAAGGUCAAGGCUACGGUUGUUGAUGCGCCAGGUGCCGUACCUUUGACUGAGUGCAACGGCAACAUCCGCUGGAACAAUGUGGCAUUCAAUUACGACUCGAAGAACAAGGCGCUUAAGGAUCUCAACUUCGAAUGCAAGCCUGGAACCACGACCGCGUUUGUCGGCGAAUCUGGAGGUGGUAAAUCCACAGUCUUCCGCCUUAUGUUCCGUUACUACAACACAACCUCAGGAAGCAUCGAGAUUGACGGCAGGGAUGUCAAGGACCUUACUAUUGAUUCGGUCAGAAGGUUCAUCGGAGUCGUCCCUCAGGAUACCACACUCUUCAACGAGACACUCAUGUACAACCUCAAGUAUGCCAGGGAGGGUGUCACAGAUGAAGAGGUCUAUGAAGCUUGCCGAGCAGCCAGCAUUCAUGACCGCAUCAUGUCAUUCCCAGACCAGUACAACACCAAGGUCGGCGAGCGAGGAUUGAAGCUCAGUGGUGGUGAACGCCAGCGGGUUGCGAUUGCCCGAACUAUCAUCAAGAACCCCAAGAUCAUUAUGCUGGAUGAGGCUACCUCAGCUCUUGAUGCCCACACCGAGCAGCUGAUCCAGGACAAGCUGGGGCACUUGGGCCAGGGUCGCACAUUACUAGUCAUUGCGCACCGCUUAUCCACAAUCACGCACGCCGAUCAAAUCAUUGUCCUCAACAACGGUACCAUUGCUGAGAAGGGUACUCACGAGGAGCUUGUUAACGCCAAUGGUCGGUACGCGUCAAUGUGGGAGAAGCAAGUGCAGGCCGAACGCGCUGCAGAGAAGGCUCGCGCUGCCAAUAGGAAGGCACAGAAACUCCUCAAGAAGGCCAACUUCGGUCCUAAGAAGCAAUCGGAUGGGCACUCAGACGGAUACACUAGCCUUGACUCGUCGACAAUCCUGCCCGGAAGCUCAGGAAUCAACUCCAAGGCCAAUACGACUGGCGAGGAUUCAUCAAGCGCUUCUAGCAACAGCUCUGAUACGGAAUCCAUUCAUAGUGACCACCACCACCACGACUCGGAUCAUUCGGAUCAUUCGGAGCACUCUGAUCACUCUGAUCACUCCGAUCAUUCUGAUCAUUCUGAUCGUCUUCGGCAUCGCUAG